AUGUCAGAUAAAUCAAAGAAAUCCGCGUCCAGUGGUUCUGAAAGGUACACAGCACCCAAAAAAAGACCAACAUGUACAGCAAAAAGUGCAAAAGAGACAAGCCGGGUACCAUUAAUCAAUGACCUUGAGGAGGAGUCAGCUCAUCAACACCCGAGUGCACCACCACUGGAAAUCUCUGGAGGCGGCACAGGGAAGCAACAUACGGAAUCUCAAACGGGAGAUCAGCACGAGCCUGAAAUAGAGCCAGCCUCAAGCUUCUUCACGUCGCCAAAACUCGGUGAUGCAACGUCAUCUCCAGUUCUCUCGAGAACUGAAUCUAGCCUGCUUAGAAUACGUACGCCGAUACGGCAGGCAAAAGCAGCAGAAGCUCAAAAAACUCUCAAAGCCACGUCUGAGGCUGAGGAAACAGGCGAAUCUGAUGUUGACAGUGGCGAGACCAACAUCUCCCUCGACGCCUCCACAAGGUCGAUUGGUGGCAGCCGUAUGCUGCUAAAUAAGUUGCCCAGACACGCAAAUGAAAUCUUACAAAGAGCCAAAGCAGACUUAGAAAAGCCGGGCAACUUAAAGAAGGAAAUACGCGAGAAUGUAGUCUGCACACACUGUACGAGAUGA